AUCGACAUGGCCGUGAAGAUUGGAGCCGUACAGAUUCGGACCCCCGGCAAGAUGCUCGUGGCCCUGGCCCUCGCCGCGCCGGCGCGCGCCUUCUACGCGCCCCGCGCCCGCACGGCCGCCGCGCCGCUCCGGGAACGAGCCUCGUGGUCCUGGGAGCAGGUCGACGAAAAGGACGACGAGAUCCUCCAGUCCAAGACCUACUACGCCGACGAGCUUUGCGCGGAGGAGGAGGAGUGCCAGCUCGCCGACAGCGACCAGUUCUGCGUCGCCGUGCUCGGCGACCUCCACAUGGACCCGCGGAAGAUGGAGGACUACGCGACGGGCCGGUCGCACGUCGUGCCGAUCCUCGAGGACGCCAGCGACCGGGGCGUGCAGACGGCGCUCGUGAGCCUCGGCGACCUCGGCGAGAGCAAGAGCGUCAGGCCCGAGGAGACGGCCGAGCUCUUCGCCGGCACGACGGCCUGCCACGAGCUCGCGGCGGACUUUUUAGGGUCCUUCGGCACGGACUACGAGGUCAUCGGCGGGAACCACGACCUCGAGGGCAUCGACGAGUUCGCGACGGACGAGGAGAACCUCCGGGUCUUCAUGGACCUGCACGGCAAGCCGACGCCGCAGUUCAGCCGCCAGAUCGCGGAGAAGACGCUGCUCGUCGGCAUGGGGUCGACGGUCUUCCGCGAGGCGCGCUACACGUCCCACGAGGUCACGGUCGACGACGCGCAGAUCGCGUGGUUCGAGCAGACGCUCGAGGCGCACCCGUCGUCGGAGGGCUGGAAGAUCUUCGUCUUCACGCACGCGCCGCCCAUCGGCUCGGGGCUCCGCGUGCUCCAGGCGAACCACGUCGUCAACGGCUGCUGCUGGCUCAACCACAGCGGCGGCGCGACGACGCGCAAGUUCAUCGAGCUCGUCCGGAAGCACCGCUGCGUCAAGGCCUGGUUCUCCGGCCACUUCCACCUGGGCCAGGACUACGAGGACAGCAUCACGUUCCCGACGAUCGACCCGUCCGAGGGGGCCUACCCGAACCGGGGCUCCUGCGUCUUCGUCCAGACGUCCGUGAUGCGCGGCGGCGCGUCGCGCGACGGCCGCCAGCAGAGCCGUUUGAUCCGCGGCGACGCCGACGGCUUCGAGGUCUGCACCAUCGACCACGCGCGCGGCGGCGCCGUGCGCCUCGACGCGACGAUCUCCUACACGGACGAGAACCACGAGGUCGGCGUCUACGCGCACAGCCACGACGACGUCGAGGAGAUGGGCGAGACCUUCAUGAAGGUCUACAAGCCCGAGGAGGGCGACGAGUGCUUCGUGACCUACGACGAGGACACGGGCGUCGUCGACUCGACGGCCGGCUGCGAGGUCGACGGCGAGACGGUCGCGUGGUGGAAGCUCAACUGCGGCCGGGUGCUGGGCAUCUACGACGGCCGGCUGCUCGAGUACGACCCGUCGACGCUCGCGCCGUUGGGCCUCGUCGUCGGCUUCGACGAGCUCGCGGGCCGGCGCGUCGUCGUCGUGCCGUCGGGCGAGGAGGCGUGCAAGAUCAUCGACGGCCCGGAGAUCACGACGGACGGCGGCCGCGAGGCCGCGGAUUGCGGCGCGGACGAGGAGGGCGGCGAGCAGGCCGUGCUCCUCAUCGACGACGAGUCGGGGGCCAUCACCGUGGUCCAGCCCAACGAGGACGGCUCCUACUGGCGCAAGAUCGUCCGCAACAAGAUCGUCCGCAUGAAGGAGAAGCGCCGCGUCGAGGCGGCCGCGCGGCUCGCGGGCGACCUCUUCGCGGACAAGCUCGGCGGCGACGACGGGCCCAGCGUCUUCUCCUCCUGGGGGCCCUACACGCAGAUCUCGGGCACGGCGACCAAGACGGCCGUCCCGGGCGUCACGUCGAGCCGCGCGCCGUCGAAGACGAAGCAGGCGUCGCGCUAGGUGUGUGGUGAUGUCUCUAAAGGCCGCUGUGUCUGGCU